GUAGAGCUCCACAACCACAAGCACGGCCAAUCUCUCCCCAGCUAGCUCAUCAUGGCAUCCUCCUCCUUUCUGAGUAGCUUCUCCUUCUGUAUCUCGUUCUUUCUAUUUGGGGUGGUCUCUGGGCAGCUAUCCUCGACUUUCUACGACACAUCAUGCCCCAGAGCCCUCUCCAUCAUCAAGUCUGCAGUAGACUCUGCUGUGUCUAGCGAACGCCGCAUGGGAGCCUCGUUGCUCCGUCUCCAUUUCCACGACUGCUUUGUUAAUGGCUGUGAUGCAUCUAUUCUGUUGGAUGACACGUCCACCUUCACCGGGGAGAAGACAGCUCUUCCUAAUGCAAAUUCAGUGAGAGGGUUUGAUGUGAUCGAUACCAUCAAAUCUCAACUCGAAAGCGCGUGCCCUGGAGUUGUUUCAUGUGCAGACAUUCUGGCAGUUGCUGCUCGGGACUCCGUCGUCGCUUUGGGUGGCACUUCAUGGACGGUGCAGUUGGGGAGAAGAGAUUCAACAACUGCAAGUUUGAAUGAUGCCAAUAACGACCUCCCAGCUCCAUUCCUGGAUCUCAGUGCUCUCAUAUCUGCCUUUGCAAACAAGGGCUUCACUGCUAAUGAAUUGGUGGUUCUAUCAGGAGCACAUACCAUAGGGCAAGCCAGGUGCACAACAUUCAGGGAUCGUAUCCAUAACGAGACCAACAUCGACUCCCAGUUUGCGACAUCCAUGAAAUCCAACUGCCCGAGCUCAGGAGGUGACAACAACCUCGCAAACCUCGACACAACAACUGCUACAACGUUUGACAAUGUUUUCUUCACCAACUUGUUGAGCAACAAGGGCCUGUUACACUCGGACCAGCAGCUCUUCAAUGGUGGUUCCACUGAUUCUCAAGUUAGAACCUACAGUACCAACUCUGCAACUUUCUUUUCCGACUUCGGGAACGCCAUGAUCAAGAUGGGGAACCUCAGCCCACUGACUGGAACCAGCGGUCAGCUUAGGACAAAUUGCAGAAGGGUUAACUAAUAGUAUGCCUCCCCUGCAAUCUAUUAUGUAUUUCUUUGAGUGGAACCCUUUUCUUUUGAUAUGGAUGUAAGCCA